GCGAGUCGGCAGCUGUUCUGCGGGUGACGGUUCGCUGAGGGGAUCGCGGGCCUCUGGCGGCGGCGGCGGCGGAGAGGAGGAGGAGGAGGAGGAAGGUGAGGAUUGAGGAGGAAGGUGAGGAGGAGGAAGAUGAACGAGGGCCGCAGGAUGAGGCUCCCGGCGGCUCCCGACACCGUCUGCUUCAACAAAGAGGAGUUUAUGAAGGAUAAUUUUGACGUGGAUCAUUUUGUAUCGGAGUGCAGAAAACAUGUUCAACUGGAGACACUGCGUGAUGAUCUGGAACUUUAUUACAAGCUUCUCAAAACUGCUAUGGUGGAACUCAUAAAUAAAGACUAUGCAGAUUUUGUCAAUCUUUCGACUAACCUGGUUGGUAUGGACAGAGCUUUGAACCAGCUAACAGUACCAUUGGGCCAGUUGAGGGAAGAAGUGCUGAGCCUCAAAUUUGCGGUUAGUGAAGGCAUCCAAGCCAUCGACAACCGUUUGGUUAAGCAAGAAGAUGUCCGAAAGAAAAAGAUGUGUGUUUUGAGGUUGUUUCAAGUGAUUCGAUCAGUCGAAAAAAUUGAAAAGAUUCUUCAUUCUCAGUCUUCAAGGGAGCUGCCUUCCUCAGAGAAGAGUGGACCAUCCUUAGCUGGGCAGAUGUUAGAAAGGAUUGGCACUGAAUUUAACCAAUUACAUUUUCAUGCUGUACAGAGUAAGGGAAUGCCGCUUUUGGACAAAGUGAGACCUCGAAUAGCUGGGAUUACAGCCAUGCUCCAGCAGUCUUUGGAAGGACUUCUCUUAGAAGGUCUACAAACUGCUAACAUUGAGAUUGUGCGCCCAUGUUUGCGGACUUAUGCAACCAUAGAUAAAACAAGGGAUGCAGAAGCCCUGAUUGGCCAGGUGCUUGUGAAACCAUAUGUGGAAGAGGUAAUUAAUGAACAAUAUGUUCAGUCUCGUACCAAUGGCCUUCAAGAAAUGUAUGCGAGGCUGCUCGACUUCAUUCCAAACCAUUGCCGCCUCCUGCGAGUGGUGACGGGAGGAACAGUCACAGGUGAUAAGGCAGAAGUGAUUCCAGGCUACGACUUUUCAGUAAAUUCAGUCUGGCCAGAAAUAGUGCGAGGUUUAGAGGAAAAAAUGCCAUCACUAUUUAAUCCAGGGAAUCCAGACACUUUUCACCAGAAGUACACUAUUACAAUGGAAUUUAUUAGAAAAUUCGAGUGGCAAUGUGGCUCACAAGCAAGUGUGAAGAGAUUGCGAUCACAUCCAACUUACAUGACUUUCAACAAUAAAUGGAGCCUUUCGGUUUACUUUCAGAUCAGGUUUAAAGAAAUUGCUGGCAGUUUAGAGGCCUGUAUGUCUGAAGAUUUGAAGGAAGCACCAGACAGCAGUGGGUACAAUCUGCUGGUGACACAUGUGCUCUGGCAGAAUCUAGUUCAAUGCUGGUCAGAUCACGUUUACCUUCCCUCGCUGGCUCAUCGCUUCUGGAAAAUGACUUUACAGUUGUUAGCACGUUAUGCCAAGUGGAUAGAGGAGUUGCCAAUUGUUUCCUCAAGCAAGGAUUUUAGUCAGGGAGCUAAAUCUGUGUCUGCCAACGGCAACUCUACAACAUCCUCUACAAGUGCAAAUAAUGAGGAACAAGGAAAUGGACUUAAUGGAGCUGUGAAAGCUGUGCAGUGUCUAUCUGUCAAUCAACUUGUGUAUGUUAUCGCUGAUCUGGAUAAGAUCCAGGAUCAACUUCCAGAACUUUUGGAGAUAAUUAGACCCAAAUUAGAACAUGUUGGUUUGGAGAAUUUCUCCCUUAUUUCAGAAGCAUUGGCAGACUCGCAGAGCUCUCUGGUGGCCAGGAUACCUGCACUUAGUGACCGCAUCACUGAGGAGCUAAGUGAGAGUUGUUUCAGUUAUCUUAAAAAUGCUUCAGAGGUGCCAAGACUUUAUCGCAGGACAAACAAGGAGCUCCCCACCAAAGCUUCUCUGUAUGUUGAAAAUGCAUUGAAACCAUUUCACCGUCUUCAAAGUGAGUAUGGGAACGUUGUGAAAGACUACAGAAUGCAGGAAUGGAUGACAGGUGCUCUAAAAAAUAGCAUCGGAAGAUAUUACGAAACUGUCUCUGAUGUUCUCAGUUCAGUUAAAAAGAUGGAGGAGAGCCUAAAACGCUUGAAACAAGCCCGGAAAAGUGCAAAUAUAAGCAGCAUUGGAACAAAUAGCGGCAACAGUGAUGAUAGCAAAAUAAGACUGCAGCUUGCUUUCGAUGUUGAAUCCCUAGGGGAACGAAUCCAAGGUUUGGGACUGAAGACAUCCACCUUCGCUCAGUUCUCAGCUCUUCUGGAAUUGGUUCAGGCAGCCAAAGCUCUCGCCCAGGCAGAUCAACUCUGAGACAGGAUGGAGAGAACUUUACAUAGGCACCCGUCAGUACGAACAGUUCGCAGUUAUUUCUUCAGAGCUGCCUUAGCCCGCUAUCAAAAUUAAAUAUUUUUCCAUUUCCUUAAUUUUCCACUCAUUUGUUGUGAAGUGUCACAUUGAUAACACAACUUGUAAAUGGCCCAAUGUAUAAUAUUGCUUUCUAUCUAGCAAGUAAUUAUUGAUUUGUGCUUUGUUCUGCAGUCCUAUAUCGACAUCAGCCGAGUACAGUUUUAUGUUCAUAUUCUUGCUUGUUUGGUGAGUGUUGCCCACAUAUCACAUAGACAAUGUAAAAGUUUUUUUUCUUUCACUUGAACUGAUUUUUAAAUUCGGAAUACUUUUGAGUAUAGGGAUGGCCGUAACAUUAGCUACUGUAUAUGAUGCACCAGCAGAUUUCCAUUGAAGCAGCACAGUCCAGAAUUAUACAGUCUUUCAGUACAGCAGAAGGCCAUUUGGCCCAGGGCAGGGGGAUUUUACAGAUAGCUAUUACAGGAGUCUGCACAGUGGGCCAAAUGUCCUUCUUCUGUACUUCAUACUCUAUUAUUAAUUUCCUUUUCAAAUAUUAAUCUAAUUCUCUUUUGUAGGCUUCUAUGUCAACCAUUGUUUUUGAUAGUACAUUUCAUGCCCUGAUAACCCUUGAUGUUUAAACUUCUAACUUCUCCUUUUGUACUGUUCGUAAUGAUUUAUACCUUCCACUUACUUGCAUGUACCAAGCAGUGGAAAUAGUUUCAAAGAAGCAUAGAAUUAUACAGUUUUUUCCUAUUGAUCAAAAUUCUUAUUACUGAACAGCUCCACUGGGUCUCCUCUUAAUUGUCUCUAAUCUAAUGAAAACAACUUCUGUUUCUCUUUGGUCUAUCUUGUCAUAAGUAAAAUCUCUCAAACAGCUAUCACCCUAGAGAACUCCCUCUGUGCUCUCUCAGUGGCCUUGACAUCCUUAUAAUUGUACUAAUAAUAAUCCUUGCAAUUGACAUAGCACUUUAUCAUGACUUUGAGACAUCUCAAAACGCUUCACAGAAUAUACUGUAAAGUGAAUUGACUGUAUAUUUUGUGGGCAAAACACUUUAUGCUUUCAAAUCUAAUGUAAAAUAAAAAUGAGCAUUUUUGUCGUGUGGAAACGA